UCAUAAAUACCGCACUGCUCUUCCAAGGAGCUCCGAGCCUUUGGAGAGAGGGGAAUUGCAUCAGGAGUUGUGCCUGGGUGCCUCCGAGCCCUCUGCAAGCUUUGAAGGCAGAUAAUAAGCAGAACAGAGACCAUGAGGAUCAAAAGCUUUGGACUCCUCUGUGUGUUGAUGUUGGUCUCCCAGAUGCUGCUAGCCAACUGUGAAAGACAGAAGGGAAGGAAAAAGGGAAGACAAGGCAUAGAACAUGGUGGAAAAAAACAAAAGGAAUCUAACCAAGGAAACGAAAAAGGGCAUAAGUCAAAAGGAGGAAAAUCAUCUCCUAAAGGCAAGUUUGAAACCAAAGAAAAUGCUGAGUGCACCUGGUCAGUGAUGGACACCAAUGCUGUCACUGUGCACGUACGGUGCAAGCAUGGUGACAGUGAGUUCUGGUGUGAAUUCUCUGGAGACCCUUCUAGCUGUGCACAGUAUGCAGUAAACCAGAAAUCCUACUGGAAACAAGUCUCCCGAUCCCUAAAGAAGCAGAAGCAGAUUUGCCAAGACCCCAAAAGUGUACUAAAAUCUAAAUUAUGUAGGAAAGGCCCACAAAGUGCUCACCUCAGGUUGACUCACUCAAGCCUACUAACAGCAGUGGGUCCUGCCAAAGAGAACACAAUGCAUCACACAAAAGAAGUUGUUCAGACUCCAGCAGAUGCCUCUGUGACUGAAAAAAGGCUAGAGCACAGCCCUCAAGACUGUGUUGAAGAUGUAGAUUACAUUGACCAGAGAAAGGUGGCUGAGGAAUACUGUCCAGAGAGCUUGCUUUCUUUUUGCAACUUUUUUAUCACAAUGGUCCAAGACAAGCGAUGCUGAGGAGGUGUUUCUAAAGCUCUGAAUCACGAAAGCCUGGUCUCUUUUAAGUUACUGCAAACCUUUCCAGAUUUUAUUCUCAUGUUAUAUAGUGUAUAUAAGCAAGAAGGAAUAUAUUUUUCUGAUUUUGUAUAUACACAACAGACUAACUCAGUUGAAGAUGUUAUAGAUGUUAUGUGCCCAAAUUGCUACCCAAUGGAUGUGUUACCAGUGGAUGUUACAGAAGUGUAUCAGUAAUCUCCUUGGCCCUCUUUGAGCUGUGCAAGCCAAAGUGAUGAAUUCAGUGUCAUGCACUUCUUGGCUAUGUACAAUGCCUUUGACCUAAAAAUUACUACGAAAAAUAAACUUCAAAAUACAUUAAAAUAUUCCCUCUCUCUCUCUUUGUGUUUUACUAGAUUUCUCUCUAACUGUUAAACCUUUGUCAAAGAAUGAUCUUCAACAAUAUCUAGGUGAAGUGUUGUUUAUAAAGUAGUUUUGAAAAUACUUCUGCAGCUUUGUAGACUUCAGCUUUUGACAACGAGCUACAUUAUUGUUAGAUUUUCAUCACUGUAGUAAUGAAGGGUAAAAAGAUUUUCUGAUUUGUUUAUGAGUGUGCAAAUCAGCUUUUAACCUCACCAAAGGAUGUCAGAACACUUUGGAAAUAUCAAUUCCCUUUUUUCUCCUACAGUCUGAAGUACAUUGUACAAACUUCCUGGUAAGUUUCUGGGAUAGAAUGAGUUAUACAAGUUUGUACAUGGGCCCAGGACUGGAUCCCUUAUUCAACAAAUAAAGAGCUCAUAUUCAACACUG